GCGGAGGGGGAGGGGUGUCCCGUCGGCAGGCGCACAGACAGCAGGCAGCAGCUGCGGCGACAGGACCGGGUGCCGUCACUCUGCAUUAAAACGCGCAUAUUCUGACUUUUAGACCCGAAAGACACAAGACAGCUCAUCAAACGACCAGUAAAAUGGUAGACCGCGAGCAACUGGUGCAGAAAGCCAGGCUGGCCGAGCAGGCGGAGAGGUAUGAUGAUAUGGCAGCUGCCAUGAAGUCGGUCACAGAGCUGAAUGAAGCGUUAUCCAACGAGGAGAGGAACCUUCUCUCUGUAGCCUACAAGAACGUAGUCGGGGCGAGGCGUUCAUCUUGGCGCGUCAUCUCCAGCAUCGAGCAGAAGACGUCGGCUGAUGGUAAUGAGAAGAAGAUCGAGAUGGUGCGGGCCUACCGGGAAAAGAUUGAGAAGGAGCUGGAGGCCGUUUGCCAGGACGUCCUCAACCUCCUCGACAACUUCCUGAUCAAGAACUGCAACGAGACGCAGCACGAGAGCAAAGUGUUCUACCUGAAGAUGAAGGGCGACUACUACCGCUACCUGGCUGAGGUGGCCACGGGAGAGAAGAGAGCCUCGGUGGUGGAGUCCUCAGAGAAGUCGUACAGUGAAGCCCAUGAGAUCAGCAAGGAGCACAUGCAGCCCACCCACCCCAUCCGCCUGGGGCUGGCCCUCAACUACUCCGUCUUCUACUACGAGAUCCAGAAUGCCCCCGAGCAGGCGUGCCACCUGGCAAAAACCGCCUUUGAUGACGCCAUCGCUGAGCUGGACACCCUCAACGAGGACUCCUACAAAGACUCCACUCUCAUCAUGCAGCUGCUACGAGACAACUUGACGCUGUGGACGAGCGACCAGCAGGACGACGAGGGAGGAGAGGGCAACAACUAGAGUCAAAAACCUCAUUCUGCCAAAACAAACACAACAUGCGCGCUCACAAAUGAUGACAAAAUAAUAAUAGUUAAAACGUUCUUAAUUUAAAAA